AUGGCGCGCGCAUCCAUUAUGGCGCGCCCGGCGCUUGCUGCUGCCCAGAGCAAGAAGACUGAGGUCGCCCCUCAGCAGAUGACGAUCCUCAAGUCGGCCAUGCCCCAGCUCAUCCCCUUUUUCUUCGUCAACGAGACCACCAUGGCGUUCGUCCUGCUCCCGACGCUCAUCUAUGUCAUGUCCAAGUACAUUCUGCCCCAGCGCGUCCGCCUCUUCGCGGCCCGCCUGUUCAUCAGCAAGCUAUAGACGGUGCAUACGGAAGGCAUGUGGAGGAUGGAGCAUUGUGUACAAAUAGUCAACAUGUGCUUGUAGACAAUUGAGCGGUUCGAGAACAAUGGAUGGAUACCUUCGCGAUGCGCCCCAUCACAGCCGCUUCUUGGCAUCGGCCGAAGCAUCCUUGCGUGAUAGCGGACAAAAUAAUUGAGAACAACAGCAGGCCCUGGCUGUGUUGAAUCCUCCAGCUCGACCAAUACUUCCUUGGAGCUUCUCAGAACACUAAC